CUAUCGAGAUCAUUGUUUCGUCCAGAUAGUUUCCUUUCUCCCCUAGCCAAGGAUCUUUUCCGUGCAUGCCGCAGUGACGAACCUCUGACUUUCACGGACAGACAUUGUCCUUGUGUGACCGCUGAUGGAUUUCUCGUAAUGGAUAAUGUUGCUUUUCACCUGGAAGAUUUUGUUGAAAGAGGGGAUUACCUUUCUGCGAUCCGGUCGAUUGCUCAUACGAUGCGCCUCUGUCAGGAUAACUUUUAUGUUGAUGCUUUUCAAUUGAAUGCGUACUCCCUAAGUUGGUUAAAUAUGCCCUUACACUUUGUAAGGCUUCGGAAUAUUGUUUCAAGAGGCAAUCACAUUGAUCAAUUCGUAUCCGUUCUGCAACUCAUUUCAAUGCUUGAUUUUUCAUUAACACAUCUCAUCGUGGACGAAAAUGGUCGUGUUCCCAAAAAUCUUUCUGUAGCUCUAGAUGACCCCUGCUUGGUUUCCUUCCUCAAUGCUCCAACGCUUUCAAUUCUUAAAAUUUUAUUUGGCCCGGUUACUUCUCUUAAUCUGCACAUUCGUUUUUGGCAUGGAUUUGUUUCUCCUGCUGAUUUCAAAAAUGAGGUUGCAACAUGUUUACUGUAUUUCCUCUUUGCUCUUGUGCUGUCGAUUGAUGAACAGUUACUAAGCACUCGCAAUAAACCUGUGGUUGUUCAGUCCAAACUAUCCGAAUGUCUUAAGGCAUUCUCGGCGGAUCUGUUGCCUAGUGAUAAUUAUUCCCCAUUUCUCCGGGAACCUGAAUAUGUUAAUCCUGUUUUCUUGAAACCGUUCGUCGACUUGUUUAUGAAACGUCGUUAUUUUGAUGCAACAUGUCUCGGAGUGCUCUGCAUUGCCUCAGUGCUUCGAAAUGAAUUUUGCCAAGUGAUAGACUGGCCUGAAGGUGUCCUCAGUCCUGAAGAUAACGUCUUUUUGACUUUAACUACUAUACUUCAAAUGCGGCCAAACAAGUCCAUCCCGCGAACUAUUGGCCUGGAUGAGUGGAAGAAAUACGAGCAGUGUAUUGGGCCUAUUAAUUUGCUUCUCCUUGGUGGUGUCUUUUCUGCGGAAGAAGGACCUCUUUUAAGGCGGCGGCUGGCCCACGGCGAACUCUUCGAAAUGUCCAUUUCCGAUUGUGUUACUUGGGAAGGUAUUGCGCGACGUUUGAAGUUUUGUAUUUUUUUGCUAAUGAACCAUUUGAGAGGUGGAAAUACAGCUUUGAUUAUCCGUGAUUUCGACUUCAGACCAGAUAUAUUCAAUCCACUUGCUCAUUAUGCGGUAGCUUCAUGUGGAUUGUGGUCUGCUUGGGCCUCUUUUUUUCGAGUGGUUGCAGAAGUAAAUCCAUUGCCUCUUCCUCGAAGCCUCCUGCUGAAGAGGGGUAAACUGUGGUUUCCGGAACUUCCCGAAUGGGAUCGUAUUUUACUUCAUUCAAUGGAAGAUGCUAGCAUGUUCUUACCUAUGGUGGACAUAUCUCGCUUGUGGCUGUGGAAGGCUCACUACAUUUGUGGCCGUAAUAUGUCUCGACACGAUGGUAACCAUAGUCCCUUCAAGGUGGCUCAAAGGCUCGUUGGACUUUUACAGCACUUGGAGUCCUGCUCCAAGUUUGCUUUUAAUCAGUAUUCUAUCCUUAAUACAUUUUCUAGUAGUAAUCAAAAGGAAGUGGAUAAGGCUGUGACGUUUUGCAAAAUAAUUGUGCCAAAAUUACUGGCUGUGUUUUCCGUUCUUGUCCUCUGCUGCUGCCACAAAGCGGGAAUAUGGAGCACCUGGUUUGCUGGGUCUUUUGUCGCCAAUGAGUCUGAUACAAUUGGACUAGCCAACUUGCCGAAAAGUAACCACGUUCUCAUAAAUUCAUUCGCCACCUUUGGGACCAAACUGGCUUCUGCGCUGGAAAAUCAAGACAAUAACACCAUUAAAGACAUCUUGCUGAAGUUUAUGAUUCCACUGCCGUAA